AUGUCUGAAACAUCAACUCUAGAGCAGAGGUUGGGUCUUUUAAUGCAGGAGGAUAACAUGGAGAAUAGUUCAACCUUUGACAAAGCGGUGGAAUUGGCGAAAAGUUUGAAAAGUGAUAGUACUUUUAAGAUAGGAAAAGGACAAGAUGGUGAGAGGAAAGGAAGGACUGCUUUGAGGAAUCAAGCGGAGUGGGAGGAAUUCUCUGGUUUUAUAAAUGACAUGGGGCUGGUGGACAUUCCUUGCAAAGGAAAGAAAUUCAGUUGGUUUAGUAGUGACGGUAGAUCGAAAAGCCGCAUUGGUCGUAUCUUAGUAUCCAAUAAUAUUGUGAAUUGGUGGGGCGUGGUAGGUCAACAAAUUGGAGAUAUGGACAUAUCCGAUCAUUGUCCAAUUUGGCUUGUCGCAAAUAAAAAUGAUUGGGGUCCGAAGCCCUUCAAAUUCAAUAAUGAGUGGUUUCAAAACAAAGAUUUUAUCGGUUUUCUUGAAAAAGAAUGGAAGGAGAUGGAAGUGUACGGGCGUGGGGAUUACGUUUUGAAGGAAAAGUUUAGGCUUCUUAAAAGUAAGUUGAAAUGGUGGAAUGUAAACAUUUUUGGAAAGAUUGAUAUGGAGUUGGAGGAAGGAGUAAAGGAGAUUAACGUGAUUGAUGAUCUCCCAUCGGAUGAAGAAGAAGAAGGUGGAGCUAGAAGAAAGGCAAAUAAUAUUUUUUGGAUGAAUCUCAAAAUUAGGGAGAACAUGUUAAUUCAAAAGGCUAGAUUGAAGUGGAUUAAUGAUGGCGAUGAUAAUAACAAAUAUUUUCAUUCAAUCAUGAAGCGAGGAUUAAGGUGCAAUUUCCUUGGUCCUUUUCUUACUCCCAGUGGGAUGAUAAGCGAAGUGGAGGAAGUAAGGGAAGUGGUCUUUGAACAUUUCGAGGCAAAAUUCAAGGAGAGUGAUAGGUUAAGGCCGUUUCUUGAAGGAGAUAUUUUCAAAACGCUAAGCGAAGAGUAUAAGAAUAAUCUUGAAUUACCCUUUAAGGAAGAAGAAAUUAAAGAAGCGAUAUGGAGUUGUGACGGAUACAAGAGCCUGGGACCAGACGGAUAUUCUAUCUUAUUCUUUAAGAAGUGUUGGGAGUUUGUGAAGAAGGAUGUGAUCUUAUGCUUUAAAGAUUUCCAAACAAGGAUUGUUUUUUCAAAAUCUAUAACUUCGUGUUUCCUAGCCUUAAUUCCCAAGUCUAACAAUCCGAUAGGCCUUGAUAAUUAUAGACCCAUUUGUUUGAUCGGUAGCAUUCACAAGAUUAUCUCGAAAACUUUGGCGGUUAGAAUAAAAAAGGAGACAAUUAUUGGACGGGUCCUUAUGGCGAAUGAGAUGGUAGAUUAUUCUAUUAAAGAGAAGAAAGGGUGUUUACUUUUCAAAGUUGAUUUUGAAAAAGCAUACGAUAAGGCCAAUUGGGAAUUUCUUCGGUCUAUGAUGAUUAGAAUGGGUUUUGGGGAGGUUUGGAUAAGUUGGAUGCAAGCUUUAGUUUUCACUAGUCAUAUGUCGGUGAUGGUGAACGGGAGUCCUACCAAAGAAUUCAAAGUGGAAAGAGGAUUGAGGCAAGGCGAUCCUAUUUCUCCUUUUUUAUUUGUUAUUGUGGCGGAAGGAUUGAAGGGAUUAGUGAAUAAAGCGGUGGAAAACGGUGAUUUUGCGCCUAAGAAAAUUAUUAAAGACAUCAUUAAAAUCCAAAGCAAUUUCCUUUGGGGAGGGGUGGAGGAUAAGAGAAAUAUCCAUUGGGCUAGUUGGGAUACGGUUUGUCUUCCGAUAGAGAAAGGAGGGUUGGGGGUUAGAAGGAUCGGCGACUUUAAUGUGGCUCUUUUAUGCAAAUGGAAAUGGAGAAUUUUGGAACAAACCAGAGCUUUAUGGUAUGGAGUUUUGAAAGCGAGAUAUGGAGAUAUUAACCUUAGUUUUGUUCACGAAGGAGUUAAAGGCAAGGGGGAGGUUCUCAAGUCGGUUUGGUGGAGAGAUAUUUUGUCCUUGAAUGCGAUAAAACCUUUAGGCUUCUUUAACUCUAAUUGCAAAGUUGCGGUAGGGAGUAGUAGCAUCACCUCCUUUUGGCAUUCUAAUUGGACGAGGCAGAGAGUUCUAAAAGAGUUUUUUCCAUCUUUGUAUAAUGUUUCUUUUUUACAGCAGGUAUCGGUAGCUCUCAUGGGAGGAUGGAAAGACGGAACUUGGGCGGUGAACUCGCAGCAGCUAAGUCGGUUGCAGCAUGCGGAGAUCAUUUUUCCAAUAGCAGGAACAUCGCAGCAGCCAGCGGCUAAUCACUCACACUCUGAGCAGAAUGCGGUGCGAGCUAGAUCUGAAGCCUUGUCGUGGCUGAAACAGGAACUGUGCAAGGUGUUUUUGGACAGUAACAGGCCAGAUUGCGUGCAGUGGACAUCUAGUAUGGACAGAAGGUUCUCGGUUAAAUCUUGCUACAACGUACUGAAUUCUGAACACUGUCUGUGUGGCCCUAUAGGGGAAUUCGAUAAAGCUUUAAGCAGAGUGUGGAAGAUGGAUGUGCCAACAAAAAUAAAGGCUUUUGGAUGGCGCUGUUUUAUUGACAGGCUUCCAACUAGAGGAGCUUUAUCCCAUAGAGGUAUUUUACCUUAUUCCAACACUUCAUGUGUGUUUUGCUGUUUGUGUGAAGAAUCUGAUGGUCACACGUUGUUGCUAUGUCAUAAUGUGAAUUUGGUGUGGAGAGAAAUAGCGGAGUGGAUUGGUUUCGAUAAUUAUAAAGCGGAAGGCUUCAAGGAAAGUUUCAUGAAGUGGUACAAAUUCGGAAAGAAAGCUAAGGUUCAUAAAAGUAAAUAG